CAAACCUGUUAGGCCACCAUUUAGGAGCACCGCCCUUGACAUCCACCGGAUAGAAAAUCAAGUUUCCAAGUUACAGACUUCACGAGCAUUCACAAUCCAUUGCAGAGAACGAGGCAACUAGGGUUUAUAUAUUUUUUUAAAAAGAUUUUUAAAGUAAAAGAGAGCAUGGAUGAUGGUGCAGGCAAUAAGCAACACCCAAUCGAAGGUGACCCCAACAGUAAUAUCAACAGAGGUAGCAGCAGGAAGUGCAAAGGGAAAGGUGGUCCAGAUAACAACAAAUUCAGAUACAGAGGUGUAAGGCAGCGAAGCUGGGGCAAAUGGGUGGCUGAGAUCCGUGAGCCUCGUAAACGUACUCGCAAGUGGCUUGGUACCUUCGCCACCGCUGAGGAUGCUGCUCGUGCCUAUGACCGUGCUGCCAUCGUCUUGUAUGGUUCCAAAGCUCAACUCAAUCUCGAACCAACACCUUCCUCCACCACUACUUACCCUCCUUCUUCUUCUUCUUCUUCUUCUUCUUCCUCUAAUGGCUCCUCUUCUUCCUCCUCUUCAUGUUCCACUACUUUAUUACGGCCUCUCCUUCCUCGUCCCUCUGGUUUUAGCUUCACUCUCUCUUUCCCUUCCACGACUUACCCACCACCUUAUUGUGUUUAUCCCAAUCCCACCUUUGGUACCUUGGCUGCACCAUCCUAUCCCUCAACCCCUCAAUUGAUGCAAUUGCAACAACAUCAUUGCCGUCCGAACGAUGUGGCCGUUCCUGCCGUUGAUGGAUGUGGUGGACCUACACCCACAAGCACUGGGUUUGGAACCGAACCACCGGUCAUGCCAGCGACGCCGCCGCUGCCGGUGGGAUUUGCGCCCAGCUCACCCACGUUUUGGCCCUACACCAACGAUGAUGCUCUCCCGGGAUCUUGUCUUUGGGAUGUUGGAGAUUCUUUCUGGUGCGAUUUCUGAUGUCUUUGGGUCACAGCUACUCGAUCAGAACCUGGUUCUUUGUCGACUUUAGUAUAAAUCUCUCAAAAAAAUGAAAUAAGAGGCAAAAGGUUUGCAUCCAAGCCCUAGAACUUCUCUUUUUCUACAAGAUUAAAGUCUUAAAGAUGGAACAGAUAGGAGGGAAAAGACUGCAGCGUUCAUUAAACGAAGAGAUGGGGAGGUGUGGUUGAGCUCUCAUUGCAUCAUAUUUCUGAUGAUGCAGAGCUUAUAAUCAAGUUUCAGGUGUUGGGCCAUGAAAGAUUUGCUCUUGAUCCAUUAGGUUUAUUCACAUUUAGUUAGGGUUGAAAGGAAUUGCAAUUCUCUUCUAUUAUUCUCUUCAAUUGUCAGUUCAAUCUCAAUGUAAUAGGGAAUUAGGGUUUGUUGAAGAAUUUUUUUUUUUUUUUUUCCUUCCUUCCUCUCUUUCCUGCAACGAAAGGUUAGAUGGCUAGAAUGGCCUACCAUACAGAUUCAAUUGAUGUGGUUGCAUGCUUAUGAAUUUAUUCAACUUUUAAUAUUAUUAAUAGCAGAUACAGAAUUGGACUUUUCUAUUC